AUGAAUAAGAAUCAAGAGAGCCUCAAACGAUUCUACGGGUACAAGGAGACCUUUGCAAAGGCGGCGCAGUGGGUGCCCGUGUCCAAGGAGCUCACUUGGAUCCAUACUUCCAACCCUUACGACGACAACGAGGAUGAUGAACCCGAGCAGCAGCGUAGCAGUGAACCAGUUCUGAGCUAUCCACCGCGAGAGCCAUCUGAUAUGUCCCCUGCUGAUUAUUCAGCCYUUACGGAAGGUCUCGCUGCCUUGAGUGCAGUUGCCAGUCAGGACCAUUUCGCUCAAGCUCAGGCCGCCAUGCAGCAGGAAUCGAUGCAACCGACGCAGCAAACUCCAGCAAAUCAGCCUUUGGAGUACGUCUUAAAUCCCGGAUCGAGGACGACCCGCACGGAGCACCAACUCGAUCCACAGCUACAGAUGCUAGAUACGGGAGCAGCGCACUCACCACCGUACGCCCAACCUCAAUCUUCCGCUAUGUCUAGGGACGCCCCAACUUGA